GAACUUGGUUCCUCCGGCCCGGGCGGUGAGAUCCGGAGGCGGCGGGCGGCAUGAGCGCGGCGGGCGGCGGCGCGGUGCAGACGCUACGGGUGCCCGGCCGCCACGGCUACGCGGCCGAGUUCUCCCCGUACCUGCCAGGCCGCCUGGCCUGCGCCGCCGCGCAGCACUACGGCAUCGCGGGCUGUGGAACCUUACUAGUAUUGGAUGAAAGUGAAUCUGGGCUCAGACUUUUCAGAAGCUUUGACUGGAAUGAUGGGCUGUUCGAUGUAACCUGGAGUGAGAACAACGAGCAUGUCCUCGUCACCUGCAGCGGCGAUGGCUCCCUGCAGCUCUGGGACACUGCCAAAGCCACGGGGCCCUUGCAGGUCUACAAAGAACACACCCAGGAGGUUUAUAGUGUUGAUUGGAGCCAAACCAGAGGUGAACAGCUUGUGGUGUCUGGCUCGUGGGAUCAGACUGUCAAACUGUGGGAUCCAACUGUUGCAAAGUCACUGUGCACUUUCAGCGGCCAUGAAAGUGUCAUUUACAGCACAAUUUGGUCUCCCCACAUCCCUGGUUGCUUUGCUUCCACCUCAGGUGACCAGACUCUGCGAAUUUGGGACGCGAAGGCAGCAGGAGCCAGAGUUGUGAUUCCAGCACAUCAUACAGAAAUUCUGAGUUGUGACUGGUGUAAAUAUAGUGAGAAUUUGCUGGUGACAGGGGCAGUUGAUUGUAGUUUAAGAGGCUGGGAUUUGAGAAAUGUUCACCAACCAGUGUUUGAACUUCUUGGACACACCUAUGCCAUUAGGCGGGUCAAAUUUUCGCCAUUCCAUGCUUCUGUGUUAGCCUCUUGCUCCUAUGAUUUUACUGUAAGAUUCUGGGACUUUUCCAAGCCUGAUCCCCUUCUUGAAACAGUGGAACAUCAUACAGAGUUUACCUGUGGUUUAGAUCUAAGUCUUCACAACUCUACUCAGGUGGCCGACUGUGCUUGGGAUGAAACAAUAAAGAUCUAUGCUCCUGCAUGUCUAGCUGCUGCUUCUUGAGAUACACAGUUCUGGGCAGAAGCAAAGGACCAGAACUGAAGAACUGUUCACAGGAAAGAAAUAGCCAUUGAUAAAACA